AUGCGCCUGAGUGCUCGAGAACGCGAAAGCCUACUUGUACACCAAGCAGGAUAUCUGGCCCAGAAGCGACUUGCCAGAGGUUGUCGAUUAAACCAUCCAGAAACUGUUGCACUAAUCGCUUGCCAGAUCCAGGAAUUUGCUCGGAAUGGAGAUACAGUCGCAAUACUAAUGAAUAAAGGUCGCCUGCUUCUUGGUCGUCAACAAUUAAUGAAAGGUGUUGAAGACCUAAUACACGAAGUCCAAGUUGAAGCAACUUUUCCUGAUGGCACAAAAUUGGUUACUGUAUCACAUCCAAUAUGUCGAGAACAUGGAGAUUUAUCGUUGGCGUUAGAAGGCAGCUUUUUACCAGUACCAGAUACAAAGAUUUUCACAAAAGAAGGAAAUUCUGAUAAAGAUGAGCCCCCGUCAAUUAGGAGAAUUCCUCCUGGAGCUGUCUUGCCCAAAAUUGAUGGUGGUCCCAUUUCUCUAAACGAGGGAAGAAGAAGAAUUGCUAUCCAAGUGACAAGUAUGUGUGACAGACCCAUUCAGGUUGGUAGUCAUUACCACUUCAUCGAAACAAACAAGCAGCUGGUUUUUGAUAGAGCUUUAUCAUAUGGAAUGAGACUGGACAUACCAGCGGGCAAUGCAGUUCGGUUUGAGCCUGGUGAGAGUAAACAGGUGACUCUAGUAGAAAUAGGAGGAAAUAAGAUUGUUUAUGGUGGCAACAGCCUGUGUGACGGUGCUAUUAAUGAGAAAAACUUACCAAAAGUUAUGAAGAAGGUACAGGAACAAGGAUUUGGCAACAUUCAACAAGAAAUUUAUUUUGAACCGAAAUGUAGCAGAAUACCAAGGUUCCUCUAUGCAAAGAAUUAUGGACCAACAGUAGGAGAUAGGGUUCGAUUGGGAGAUACUUGUCUUAUCAUCGAAGUUGAAAAAGACUUCACCAUUUAUGGAGACGAAUGCAAAUUUGGAGGAGGAAAGGUGCUUCGGGAAGGUAUGGGACAAGCUGCAAUGAGAUUAAGUGCUGAAGUGCUGGACACUGUCAUCACCAACUGCUUGAUACUAGAUUGUGUGCAAGGAAUUGUCAAAGCAGAUGUUGGAAUCAAGGGAAAUCGUAUUUAUGGCAUUGGUAAAGCUGGCAAUCCAGACGUCAUGGACGGCGUGUCAGACGGAAUGAUAGUAGGCGUGGCUACAGAAGUCAUUGCCGGGGAAGGCAUGAUAUUAACUGCAGGAGGUGUCGAUUCCCACGUUCAUUUUAUCUGCCCACAGUUGGUUAGAGAAGCCCUUGGCUCUGGUAUAACAACUUUAAUUGGAGGAGGCACAGGCCCAGCUACAGGGACAAGAGCUACAACCUGUACACCCGGCUCGCAACACAUGAAAUCUAUGAUACAAAGUACGGAUCAAUUUCCCAUGAAUUUCGGAUUCACGGGAAAAGGAAACACGUCUGAUACUGAUUCCCUAUCUGAAGCACUGAGGGAACAAAUAGAUGCUGGUGCUAUAGGGUUGAAACUUCAUGAAGAUUGGGGUUCAACUCCAGCCGCAAUUGACUGUGCUCUAAAGAUUGCUGAAGAACUCGACAUACAAGUACUCAUUCACACGGAUACAUUGAACGAAUCUUCUUGUGUUGAGCAGAGUUUAGAAGCUUUUGCAGGACGAACGAUCCACACAUAUCACAGCGAGGGAGCGGGAGGAGGCCACGCCCCGGAUAUCAUCCGGGUAUGUGGUGAAGAAUGUUGUCUCCCAUCGUCCACCGAUCCAACACGACCUUAUACAAGAAAUACCCUGGAAGAACACCUGGAUAUGUUACUCAUCUGCCAUCAUUUGGAUAAAAAUCUUCGAGAAGAUCUAGCUUUUGCAGAAUCAAGAAUACGCAGCGAGACCAUUGCAGCUGAAGAUGUUUUACACGACAUGGGGGCAAUAUCUAUCAUGUCUUCAGACUCACAAGCUAUGGGCCGCAUCACAGAAGUAAUAGGUCGUACUUGGCAAACAGCAGACAAAAUGAAGAAACACCGCGGUCCAUUAGUCCAAGACACCACCUCACACGAUAACUUCAGGGCGAGGAGGUACAUAGCGAAAUACACUCUCAAUCCUGCCAUUGCACAUGGGAUAUCACAUGUGGUUGGGUCAAUGGAGGUUGGUAAGAUUGCGGACCUUGUUCUCUGGAACCCUGCCUUUUUCGGAGCAAAACCAAGCAUGAUCAUUAAAGGAGGACAAGUGGUUUGGGCCGAAAUGGGUCUUCCAAAUGCAUCAAUACCAACUGUUGAGCCAGUAUUAAUGAGGAAAAUGUACGGUGCAUAUGGCCGCAGUCCUAACAAGAAUUCCCACAUAUUCGUCUCCAAGGCUUCUCUCAAAAAAGGUGUGAUUCACAGUUAUGGUAUCGGCAAGGAAGCUAUAGCAGUGAAGAACUGCAGGGGACUUAGAAAGAAAGAUAUGUACCUCAAUGACUAUUUACCAAAAAUGAAAGUUGAUCCAGAAACAUAUAAAGUAUAUAUAUCAGAAAUAAUCGAUGGAGAAGAAACAUGGACACAUUUAACCUGCGAGGCUGCUUACGUUCUACCACUGGCACAAAAAUAUUUCCUUUUUUGA